UAAAGCAGCGGUAACGCUCUGAUCCAGCUCCAUGACGGGAGACAUGGAGGGCUGAUUGAUAUGUUGAAUAUGAAAUGGUUACAUCCACCUCGAAUCGAGCUCUCUUGGUUCCCGUCAUCAUGGCGAAUGUUGCCAAAUCCUGGUUGAACAAAUCCAAAAGUGGAAGGAAGACCCGAUCACCGCCAGUGUCAGAUAAGAAGCCUUUGGGAGAGAUCGAAGAGUCCUCCUCAACUGUGGGUGAACAGAAUCAGAGCGGCAUUCUCAAUGACCAAGACAUCCUAAAUCUGACCAUCACAUCACAGGAUCUGGAGAAGCUGCGAGUCUCUAAACCCCCUGCAGACCCCCAGAAGCCCAAAUCAAUGACCCGGGUGUAUGUCCGUAAGACACGCCCUCCAGACAAGGUCGGCAGGAAGGUUAGGGUCACCGUGGCGAGACCUCUCCCACCUGACGCUUCUUCACAGCCGCUCAACUACACAGGUCCUGGUGGGCCGCGGUUUGACGCACGGGGGAUGGUGCUGCCGCACAGCAUUCUGGGAAGCCUGGAGGAUUUUAAGAGAGAGAUGGCACUCAGAGGUGACACAGAGCUGUUACAGAGAAUCCCAGACACACAGAGAGUCACACCUCUACUGGUGGGGCGUGAGAGAAAUGACGACCAAUCCGAAGAUGAUACACAACGUAGCCACGCCCUCCAGCACUGGUACCGCCACAUGACUGAGCGACGCAGACAGCAAAACUUUAUUUCACGAUUACUGCAGAAGCCAAUGGGACAUCUGUUGAUGAAUCAGUCCAGCAGAUUCAGACGCAUUCAGGAACAAAGAGAUCUCAUCAACAGACUACAUGGUCGACAUGUAGGCUGUGAGUUCUGGAACAUUCCGCAGCAUUUUGGAGAUGAGCUGAGUGGGAUAACGGCAACCCGUAGUGAGACGGAGAGAGGAAACCCUCCACCCGUCACUCGCAUCGGACAGCCAACCACGACACUUCUGGAGUCAGGUAACGUGUUGUGUGAUGCAGUAAGCAGUGGAUGGGAUCGGAGUGUGUACCUGCAACAGCGUCGCCUUGAGCUCAGGGACGUUCUGAGAGACUUCAGUCCUCCGGACAUGGAUGGGCUGGAGGUGCUUGGUUCUGGUCUGCCCUUCACCUUCACUUCAUCUGAGGGAAGCAAUGAAGAACAGCGGAGUGAAAUGGAGCAGAUAGAAACCGAAGAUCCUCUGGCGCUGUAUGAUGACGUCAUCGUGGAUGUCGAGCUGGUUCCUGCUCUGAGGUUUUGUGGAGAACUGGCUCGCUGGACCGGCACCACGUCCUCCCACCAGGAGCAGCGGGGUAUCUCAGCGAGGAUGAUGUUUGAGAUCGUAACAGGAGAGAGCGUGAGCUCUCAUCUGGAGUUAAAGAAUGAAGGCAGUACUGUGAUUUACUACAGCUGGGAGAGAGUGACACAACCACACACACACACGCAACACUUCUACUUCAACAACACCCAAGGUACACACACACACACACACACAGUUUUAGCCUUACACAAACACACACACGUGAUGUGUGUGAUCGUGUGUUUCUCAGCUGUGAUAUUACCGGCCAGCACCAAACACAUCACAGUCGUCUUUAAGAGCACGUCUGCGGGCAUCAUGACUGAAGUUUGGCAACUCAACACACACCCUGUGCUGAUGGGCGGAGCUUCACUGCAGGUCACACUGAGGGGCGUGGCUAUAGACCAGGACAAAACCGCCCACCAGAGAGCAGCACUGGAGAGGGAUCUCCAGCAGAAAGAGGCCGUGUGCUUGUGUAGAUGGAUCAUGAAGGAGGUGCUCAGUGGGGUUUGUACUCCAGAAAGGCCGAGCUCACCGGUUGACCUCUACAUCACCGAAGAGGAGCAGUUCCUCACACACAACCCUAAUUUGCAGUACCACCGUGAGCCCGUGGAGGCGCUGCAGAGGUUAUGGGAGCAGGUCAAGAGGUCAGGACCGGUGUGGGAUCUGUCUUUAAACACCUUCGCACAGAUGGCGCUGUCCCUCCCUGAGACAGAUGAGCAGACAGACAGGCUGAGCAGAGAGACAUGUCUGAAUCAAUGUAACUCACUGGUGUCACAGUUACAGCGACCGCAGACACACGCGACUCCUUUAACUCUACACAACAUCAGUCUGCAGUUGUGGAGAGAGCUGGUGGACGGUUUGGUCAUCGAGUCCGGGAAGUUGAGAGAUUCACUUGGACUUCCUGAACACAACGUUUGGAGUGACGCAACACAAGAGCGCAACACCUUGGAGAAGACGAAGAAUGAGGAGGCGGAGCAGAGGAGAGGAGGAGCAGCGCUGAAAGACGUGAAGAGAGGAGCCAAAGACACGGAGGGGAGGAGAGGAGGAACUCGAGCAGCAGUGAUGGAGGAACGUGGGAACGUGCCGAUGAACUCGCCAGAGGAGAAAACGGAUACAGGAGAGAGAGAAUUACGCUUUGCUGUUGACGCACACACACAGGAGCUGUACAGACAACUGCUACACACACAGGCAUGAAUUACAUACACACACAUACUGUGUGUGCUUUAUAGGGUCUAUAAGGAAUUACAUUUUCUAUCCCCCAAGCCCACCCCUAAACUCUCACAGAAACCCGAUGACAAUUUUUAAUUAAAUGCACGAUUUAGCAUGUUUUUAUAAGACAUUUGAUUUAUGAGGACACAGAUAUGUGUUGUACACAUUAUUAUACACAGUUGUGUCCUUAUAAUCCACAUAUACAACUCACACAUAGACAUAUGACUACCGCAUAUACACCAUUAUACUGUAUACAAACUGACAUUAAAUAAAGAAUUAAGUUGCAUUAAAACUGUUAAAAAGCAAUCAGUUACAUAUUAUAAGUGAAAGUGAACACAAUGGUUUGAUAGGUUACUGUUGAAACAAGCAGAAAUAACUGUGUUAAUAUGGAGUAAUUGUUAUUAUAACAGACUAUAGUGACGAUAUCACAGCCAGUGUUGGGUGUAAUUAGUUACUGUAAUUUAAUUACUUUCCCCUUGAAAAAGGAAAGUAAGGGAUUACUCUUAUUUUUUCUGUAAUUUAAUUACAGUUACUUCUGAUGUAAUUAUACUUCAUAUAUGUGUGUGCAAUUGACAUCGAAAUUCAAAGUCUGACUUUAAAAUGAAUACUUUAAUGUGUAAUUCUCACAUUUGUAAUACUUUGGUCAGUUAAUAAGAGUUCUUUAUGUAGUUUAUAUUAUUUAUUUGAAUGAAUUAAAAGAGCCGUUUCAUGUCUAUCUUUGAAUCGCUUAACUAAUCAAGGUCGAUAUAGGAUGUAGAAAGAAAUGAGUAAUAAGUAAUUAAAUACUUUUUGGAGAGAGUAAUUUGUACAGUAAUCUAAUUACACUAUUGAAUAUGUAAUUAGCGACUAGUAAUUAAUAACUUUUUCAGAGUAACUUACCCAACACUGAUCACAGCUGAUUGUAACACACACGUAAUGAGACAUUUACAGACGAUUACACAUUCACUUGUUGAAUCAUGAUUCAGAGUGAAACUGUGUGAAAU